GUUAUGUCACGUCAGUCUUCAGUGUUUGAGUGUUGUGUUGUCACUUUUGUCAUUUGUGUUGUCGGAAUAAAAUACUGAAGUUAGGUUAUGUCAAGUUUAAUAGGGUACAAAAGUAUCAAUCUUGCCAGUAUUUAGGCUUAAGUUUACUCUUUAUAAACAAAUAAAAUUAGUUUAAUGGAUACAGAAAUAAGUAACGUGAUAAAAUUAAUAUUUCCUGAAGGAAUACCAGAAUCAUGGACAGUGAAUCCAGACUUCUAUGCUUAUCUAUCAAAACUUGGAGGUUAUACCGUGGAACAAAUGUCCAAGGAACCGGAGAGAUUGUCAGAGGAAAAAGCAGCUGUUCUUUCUCAAACUCAAGAACUAUCAUUUUCAAACUACAAAACUUUCAUCCGCACUGCUGAAUGUUCCAGAGAAAUAUUCCAACAGUUCAACAGGGCGGAGGGAAGCCUGGAUGCACUUGUAGGAAGAGUACCUGAGCUCACUGCAAGAUGCGAGGAGUUUGCAAGAGCAUCUUCAGAGAUCAAGAUUGCAAGACGACUCAACACGCUCACGCUGACCCGUAACACUCAGCUGCUGCAAGUGCUGGAGAUACCUCAACUGAUGGAGACGUGUAUACGUGAGGGGCAUUACGAAGAGGCCCUCCAACUAGCAGCGUAUGUCAGACGGCUCGCAGGGAAACAUGGAGACAUACCAAUUGUGGCUACUAUUGUUAGUGAGGUGGACUCUGCGUGGUGGGCUCUGCUACAUCAGCUGAUUGCUGCUCUGCGCACAGACUUACAGCUACCUCGCUGUCUGCAAGUAGUAGGCUACUUACGUCGCAUGCAGAUCUUCACUGAGGCCGAGUUGCGUCUCAAAUUCCUUCAAGUGCGAGACUCUUGGCUUCAGUCUGAGCUGGCCAAAAUUCCCAGUGACGAUGCGACUCACCACCUGACCAAAACAAUAGAGCUGUCCCGUAUCCACCUGUUCAACAUAGUCACUCAAUACAGAGCCGUAUUCACUGAUGAGGAGCACAUCAUCACCUCCCGACAGCUGGCUCUCGCAGAGUCCUCCAUCUUCCAGUCCUGGCUCAACCAGAAGAUCUCACAGUUCCUGACCACGUUGGAGCAAGAUUUGUUGCGUGGCGUAGGAUCGUCUCUAGCGUCUCUUCUGGGCCAGUGUAUGUACUUUGGCCUGUCGUUAAGUCGCGUAGGAGCGGACUUUCGCGCACCAUUGGCCCCUGUAUUUGUGCGUGCAGUCAAACGCAACCUGGAAACCUCUGUGCGCAAGGCUUCCAAGAAGUUUGAGGCAGACAUGGACAAGUUUACUUUGCCCAAAAGCCAACCCCAGGUGAAGACUGGGACACCGACUCAGAAAAGUGGGAUGAAACAGGAACAGCCUCCGGAGAGUCUCCUGGAGUUCUACCCACUAGCGGAGUAUUGUAACAAUCUGCUGGUGGGUCUCAACGAGCUGCGUUUAUGUGCACCCCUCGCCUGCGCAGCGCACGCAGCCACCCUGCUACAGGACUCACUUACCACAGCCGCCCGUGUCAUCCUUGCAUUCUACCGCCAGGAGCAACAGGCAUUGUCCAAGCCAGAGAAGGAAGGCUUCUCACGGUUCUGCCUGUGUUUUGGGGAGCAGCUGGUGCCGUACAUGCAGCGGUGCCUCCACGCCGUGUACAAACCUUCGGAAAUAGCAGCUCAUCUCGGGCUCUCCACCUUCCAGUUACAGCAGCAGGGACUGACCUAUUUAGACCAGAGUGUGAUUGUGGACGCAAUUGGACAUUUGUUACCAGACAGAUUACAACCACAGUUAAUUAUCCCCCCUUCCACUCCUGCUUCCCCAGCUGCUGACGAGGCUCAGCCGCAGGAACCAACCGAAGAAGUAAGCAUCUCAGAAACAUGAGAAGAAAUUAUGUUAAAUAUUGAAUUGUUACUGAAGUAAAAAUACAAACUUUCA